CUCAGCUUGCAAUAUCAAAGCAUUUCAUCUGCAGAGCUGAACGUAGCUCCUCUCCUCUCUGCCAGCUCAGAGACUGCAGGGAGGUGGCAGUCUUUCCAGAUAGCACAGACGAGACAUUGCCAUCAAUAACAGCAACAGCAGGUCAUGACUGUGAAUGCAAUACUACUAAAAGGCAAAAUAUCCAGCAAAAGCAGAAAAUACAAGACAGCACGACUCGGGGAAUGAGGAACACAAACACUUAACACUUCGAUGAAUUCUUCACAGUGGAUCACCUCUCAAAUGUCACAAGCAUGACAUUUCAAGCAGCAGCUGAGAAUAACACGCUGGAAUUAUGCUGCUUAUUUAUUGACUGAAUCAGCUUCAGGAAACAGCCUGAAGGUAAGGGCAGUUUUAAAAAAGUAAUCUACAGUAAGAAAGUAAGAGAGAAGAGCUUUAAGUAAUAAGACUGGGACACUAUAGAACUUACUGCAUAACGUAACUGUCACGAGUCAUAACCAAACCAUAUAAUAUUGCUGAAAAGCAAAAUACAUCCUUCAAGAUUUACAGUAUGGCUACCACUAGCGGACCUUAUGUGAAUGUGCAAGCUGUUGCUUCUCCUGUAGGUAUUGUUCGGCUGCUACAGACUGCAUUUGGAUGCACAACAUUCAGCUUAGUGGCUCACCAGGCUGGUUUCAGUGCUGCAUAUGGCACCUUCUGCAUGUUUGUCUGGUGCUUUUGUUUUGCCGUGACAACGUUCAUCAUUUUCUGUGAAUUUACCCACCUUCACAGCUGUCUAAGCAUCUCCUGGGAUAACUUUACUGUCUUUUUUUCCAUGCUAGCUACCCUUAUGUCAGUGACUGCCUCUGUUAUUUACCCUGUCUACUUUGUUCAGCUUAACUGCAGUAAUAUUAGCUGUGAGACCAGGAAUUUCCGAAUAGCAGUCAGUGUCUUUUCAGCUUUAACUGCCAUUGUUUAUGCCAUAGAGGUCUUUUUAACAAAAGCAAAACCAGGACACAUUGCCAGCUAUAUGGCUACCAUCCCAGGACUCCUCAAGGUUGUCCAGGCCUUUCUGGCUUGCAUCAUUUUUGGGGCACUUGUUAAUCAAAGUCAGUACAACAGGUAUGGUGCUACUCAGUGGUGUGUGGCCGUCUACAGCAUCUGCUUCAUUGUUACAGUGGUCAUCAUCUUCCUUAAUGUCGCUGGAAGAACAAUGAUGGUGAGAUGUCCCUUUGACCGAUUUGUAGUGAUCUAUACAUUCCUGGCUAUUCUGAUGUAUAUGAGUGCAGCUGUGAUUUGGCCUGUAUUCUGUUUCGACAGCAAAUAUGGCUCACCUCAGCGGCCAUCCCACUGUUCCAAAGGAAACUGCCCAUGGGACAGCCAGCUGGUGGUUGCUAUCUUCACUUACAUUAACCUUGUCCUUUACAUCCUGGAUUUAAUCUACUCUCAACGUAUACGUUUUAUCACACCAACUUAAAAUGAAAAACUCGUACAUCACUACAGCAUGCAAUACCCUUUAAGUUCUGAUAGUGAUUGAUUGCAUGUUCUAAAGACUGAGAGCAAAAAAGUCAGAAAAAUUGCAUGCAUGUUUCAAGCAAACUGUGUAAAGACAUCUGUAACACAGAAGGCAAUAUAAUAAAGCGUCAUCUAACAAAUGGAUCUGAUAAGAAUGUGAAAA